CUAUCUUGAGUAAACGAGCAAGUUUUGAUUGGUAGCUCUUUGGGGCGUCACGUGGCUCGGGUCACCGCCAGUACUAAAGCCCCCAUAGUCUGGUGCGCACGUGGGUGACGUUUGGGGCUGGGCCUCUCCAGGGUCUCUUUUGUUGGACCAUCAAACUUAAGCACCUUGCAAUCUCCCAAGGGCUUCAGAGUCGAGCAUAUUAUACGAUCAAGCGCACCUCGUCCCGGAUUUUACACAGACUACCAGACCGCCAAACCGGCAACCGGCAACUAAGCGAAGCAGCCAUGUCGAGAUCCUUCUAUGUGGACUCUCUGAUCAUAAAGGACACCGUUCGACCCACAUCUUUGAGCGAGCAUGUAGGACAGGACUUCCUCAUCCCCAUCAGUAUGCACUCUCCAGGCAUGAUGGGCAUAACGGGACCCAUGUGCCCAUCUCGGAAGACCGGCACAUUCUGCGUCUGUCCGCUGUGCGUUACCUCGCACAUCCACUCGUCCCGAGGAGGCAUCCCACUGUUGAAGGGGCAAUUCCCCGGGGAGGCUCAGUACUGCCAGAGGGUCGCACACCAUCAGAGUCCGGGACUGGCCCACCCAGGACACGCACCUGUCUGCACGCCCACCUCGUACAGCGUCACCGAUCAACGACGGUAUCACUGUCUCUCACUAGGCGCCUCUGAAAGCUCACAUAUCCAGAACGGCAAGAGGAUGCGCACGGCGUUCACCAGCACACAACUUCUGGAACUAGAGAGGGAGUUCUCCUCCAACAUGUAUCUUUCACGAUUGCGGAGAAUCGAAAUCGCGACAUACUUGAACCUUUCCGAGAAACAGGUGAAGAUAUGGUUUCAGAACCGCCGUGUAAAGCACAAGAAAGAGGGCAAAGGAACGCAGAGGAGCUUGCAUGCCGGAUGUAAGUGCGCAGGCGGCCACGCGCACUACCCGAGGUCAGAGGACGAGGAGUCGUUAUCGCCAGCAUCAGCAACAGAGGAGAAGGAGAUUUCCCCUAUUUGAGGAUGGAAGAAUGACUCGACAGACUUUUACGUUUCCAUUAGCACUUAGUGUGAAUCCAGCAGAUCCCCUGUGACUGGACACUAUUUCUGACUCAAACGUUUGUGCAUAAAGUUAUUGAUGAGUCAUUUGUACCUGCAGUUGAGUAACAUACUUUGUUACAUUAUCGGAGGUCGUCACUGUUUUUAGGCCUGUCAGAAAGAAAACUGUGAAUAUAUGUUUAUUUUAAAGAUAUUAUUGUGAUGACACCGGCACGUGAACCAAACUGGCCUAAUACUCAAACAUUUUAAAUGUUUCCACCCAAACUAGCGAUAGUCCACUGUGUAUCCCGCUACUUGAUGUUCCAACAGGAGAUAAGCAGUACAUUCAUCAUUGUGUAAAUAGAUAGUGAUCCCAAACUGUACUGUAGAUAACUGAACAACUGUGAGUAUUUCGGUUUAAGUUUGAUGUUUUAUGUAAAAUGUGUAUAUUUGUAUUUAUUUAAAUAAAGUGCUUCAAAACUGUCA